UGAGAGAGCACUCGACUCGACCAGAGGCUGGACCGCACACACUCUGCCAACGCUCACGCUUCACAUCUCUAACGCUCGCUCCUUUUGUCUCCCCCUCUCUCCCUCUCUCUCUCUCUGUUUGUUUUUGUCCUGCACUCUGACCAGACCCGGGUCUCUCUUCACGGCAGAGUUCAGAAUUGCACUACAAUGUCUGCGGCGGCUUCUCUGCUGUAAGCACACAAAGGUUAUGCUGCCCAAAAGCUGUCUGAGUCCCAGUGAGAAAGAGAAGGGCUAAAGCCACACCGAUCCAACCCAGCUUUCCCAGUUUGCUCUUCUGCAGCGACUUCACCGUGGAGCCAUGAGCAACCCCAGCGCUCCAAACAAGAUUACAGAUGCCGUGGCAUCAGUUAUUCACAGCCCAGAGGUUCCUGCUGCCUCAUCGCAUGGGACUCCUCGCCCUGAAGAUGAGGAUGAUGGGGACCUGAACAAAGCUUUAGGCGUUCAGCGCUUCCAGCAGAUCCUCAGCCCUGCGUCUGUGAUUCCUGAUGAACAGCACCACAACUACCAUGAGGAGGACAUUGAAUACCACCGUCACUCCUCUCACCACAUCCACCGCCCUCUGUCUAAACUGCCCCCUGAGGGACGCAGGAAGAAGAGCAGCAAGAAAAGGAGGAAGGACAAAGAUCACAAAAGCAGCCAGGCUCCCAGCAGCGGCCCAAUUGAGGAGGGAGAGGAUGAGGAGGAAGAGGAGGAUGAGGUGACGGAGACGACCUCCGUUCCGUCAGAGUCAGAGAAAGUCAAAGAUGUAGAGUUCUUUCUCUCAGAUGAUGACCAUGUGUCCAAACGAAGCAAAGAGAGCCCCCACUCAGCGCGUGAGCUGGACAUCGUACCGCACUCUGCAGAGGGAGCUGACCAUGAAGACGCCUCUUCCUCAGAUGUGCUGACCUCACCCGAAGCUUCCAGCCCUGCUCCUCAAUUAGCGCCUCCUGAACACAUACCUCUUACCCGGGUGUCCUCUGCCAGCCGCAGCUACGACCUGCAGGAGCGCCGGCGCACAGGAAACAUGACAGGAGCCGAGCAGGCCAAGUACCAGAGGAUCCCUACGGACGAGAGCGAGGCUCAGACGCUGGCCUCUGCUGACCUGGAUGGCAUUAAAAGUCAUCGUUUCGAAGAUGUUCCCGGUGUACGCAGACACCUGGUCAGAAAGAGCACUAAAGGACAAGUGGUGCACAUCGGCAAGGACCACAAAGAGCCGACCACCCGCAGCCGUAAACAGGACCGAACCCCACAUGAGGUUUUUGUGGAGCUGAAUGAGCUGACUAUGGAUAAGAACCAGGAGAUGCAAUGGAAGGAGACGGCUCGAUGGAUCAAGUUUGAGGAAGAUGUGGAAGAGGAGACCGACCGCUGGGGGAAACCUCACGUGGCCUCCCUGUCUUUCCGCAGUUUGCUGGAGCUCCGAAAAACCAUCUCUCAUGGUGCUGUGCUGUUGGACCUGGACCAGAAGACCCUGCCUGGCAUCGCCCACCAGGUGGUGGAGCAGAUGAUAAUUUCUGACCAGAUUAAAGCUGAAGACCGCGCCAAUGUCCUGAGGGCCCUGCUGCUGAAACACAGUCACCCGAGUGAUGAGAAGGAGCACAGUAGCCCUUUCCCCAGGAAUAUCUCUGCAGCCAGCCUGGGCAGUCUGAUAACGCACAACCACAGUGCCAAUCACACCCAUCAGCCUGAACCAUCUGUGACUGACCCGCUCAUGGGGACCAUCCACACCGUGGGGGAAACAGACACCCGCAUUGACAUGGAAAAGAACGAGCAGAAGGAGCAACCAGUGGUGUAUGGUAUGCAUCGAUCCAAAUCUAAGCACGAGCUGAAGCUCCUGGAGAAGAUCCCUGAAAAUGCUGAGGCCACUGUUGUCCUUGUGGGCAGUGUGGACUUCCUGGAGCAGCCCACCAUGGCGUUUGUACGGCUGCAGGAGGCGGUAGAGCUGGAGUCUGUUCUGGAGGUCCCUGUGCCAGUCAGGUUUCUCUUUGUGCUGCUGGGACCCCCCACUACGAGCAUGGACUACCACCAGAUAGGACGCUCAAUCUCCACUCUCAUGUCUGACAAGCAAUUCCAUGAGGCAGCCUACCUUGCAGAUGACAGGCAGGACUUGCUGAAUGCCAUCAACAGCUUCCUAGACUGCAGCAUCGUGCUGCCGCCUUCAGAGAUGGGAGGUGACGAGCUGCUGCGCUCUGUGGCUCGCUUUCAGAGGGAAAUGCUGCGAAAGAGAGAGGAGCAGGGAAUCAAACUGUUGGCCAAGGAGCCUAAAAGCCUUGAGGAGAAAGAAGCCCUGCUCACACCUCUAAAAAAAUCAGACGACCCUUUAGAGCGCAGUGGACGUCCCUUCGGUGGGCUGAUACGAGAUGUGCAGCGCCGUUACCCAAAGUACCUCAGUGACUUUAAGGAUGCCCUGAACAGUCAGUGCAUGGCUGCUGUCAUCUUCAUCUACUUUGCUGCUCUUUCACCUGCCAUCACAUUUGGAGGCCUACUGGGUGAAAAGACGGACGGUCUAAUUGGAGUUUCUGAGCUGAUUGUGUCCACAGCAGUACAGGGCGUGAUCUUCUGCUUGCUUGGAGCGCAGCCACUACUUAUUGUGGGCUUCUCUGGACCACUCCUGGUUUUUGAAGAAGCCUUUUACAGUUUCUGCAAAGCAAACAGCAUUGAGUACCUAACAGGUCGCGUCUGGAUCGGAUUCUGGCUUAUCAUCAUUGUGAUCGUCACUGUGGCCUUCGAAGGAAGCUUCCUGGUCCGCUUUGUGUCCCGCUUCACCCAGGAGAUCUUCUCCUUCCUCAUUUCACUUAUCUUCAUCUGUGAGACCUUCAUCAAGCUCGGCAGGAUUUUCAAGGAUCACCCGCUGAAACGAUGCUCCCUAGACAACAGCACAGGAGGAGACACCUCAGCAGAAAACCUCACGGUGGUGCUGAGCAACAGCUCGCUGCCUGCUAACAGGGGAGGGGAGCCCAACACCGCUCUGCUGUCUCUGGUACUCAUGGCCGGGACGUUCUUCAUCGCGUUCUACCUGCGCAAGUUUAAGAACAGCGCGUUCUUCCCUGGAAGGUUUCGAAGGGUUAUUGGUGACUUUGGUGUACCGAUCGCCAUCCUCAUCAUGGUCCUGGUGGAUUACACUAUAGAUGACACAUACACACAGAAACUGAGUGUUCCUCGAGGUUUCUCUGUGACAAGUCCUGACAAACGCGGCUGGUUCAUCAGUCCUCUGGGCACAAAUGAUCCAUUCCCCAUCUGGAUGAUGUUCGCCUGCUGUUUGCCUGCUCUGCUGGUGUUCAUCCUGAUCUUUAUGGAGACCCAGAUCACCACUCUGAUUGUGAGUAAGAAGGAGCGCAUGCUGGUGAAGGGUUCUGGUUUCCAUCUGGACCUGCUGCUGAUUGUGGUGCUGGGAGGCAGCUCGGCUCUGUUCGGCCUGCCGUGGAUGGCUGCUGCAACCGUCCGCUCUGUGACCCAUGUCAACGCUCUCACUGUCAUGAGUAAAGCUGUCGCCCCUGGAGACAAGCCCCGUAUACAGGAAGUAAAGGAGCAGAGGGUCACGGGACUCCUGGUGGCCAUCAUGGUUGGUAUGUCCAUCGUGAUCGGUGACCUGCUGCGUCAGAUCCCCCUGGCGGUGCUGUUUGGCAUCUUCCUCUACAUGGGUGUGAUGUCGUUGAACGGUAUUCAGCUCACAGAGCGGAUGAUGUUGCUGCUAAUGCCGCCAAAGUAUCACCCCGACCACACCUACGUACGAAAGGUCCGGACUCUACGUAUGCACCUGUUCACCUGCAUCCAGCUGGUGUGUUUGGCUGUGCUGUGGGCUGUUAUGUCAACUCAGGCGUCUCUGGCUUUCCCUUUCGUCCUCAUUCUCACAAUCCCAGUAAAGGUGUUCCUGCUGCGCCGCAUCUUCACCGUCAGAGAGAUUGCAUGUCUGGACGCCGAUGAUGCUGAGCCCAAGUUUGAUGAGCGCGACUGUCACGAUGAGUACUCAGAGAUGCACAUGCCGGUGUAACCCACAACACGCCACCGUAUUACCACUGAACUCUUAGUGAACACCAAAACCUGUCUGUCACACACCAACCACCACAUCUUUAUAGCUGAAACACCUGAUCUGUUUCCACAUCACUAUGCACCGCUGGACUUCUUUAGAAUCACCAAGAUGUGACGUACGGUAUAUCAGAAGUGGUUGGUAAAAGUCAAAUAAUCUGACCGACAAGCUCCAACGUGUGUUCACUCAUAAUAUACUUUUUAAAAACAUGUAUUUCAGGGGACAAGAGAUUCCAAAUCAAAUGAUCUCGAGUUAUGAAUUAAUUUAAAAUGACAGUAGAUAGAACAAUGCGACUGAUUAAUUUUUAGCCCUGAAAGGUUUCUCUGAUUCACAUUGAAUAUGUGGAGGAUAAUGGGAUUUAUUCUUUUAUAUUAACAUGCUGAGUUACUGCUAUACUAGCUUGUCGCUUUUUUUUUUUCAAUGUUUUAAG